CUCCUGUCAAACGCGGUGACGGAGGCCGAAGAGAAAAAAAGGCGGGAGCCACCAAUCCCAGGUGGAGCAAAAUGGCGCGGGAGAACGAGAUGCAGGAGUUCAUCCGUAGCUUCUUCCGAGGCCGCCCGGACCUCAGCACGCUCACGCACUCCAUCGUGCGGCGGAGGUUCUUGGCUCACGCGGGCCGCGACCACCUGGAACCCGACGAGAAGCAGGCGCUGAAGCGACUGGUGGAGAAGGAGCUGCUGAAGGUGCAGGUGGAUGAAGCAGGUGCCAGGGAAGAGAGGCUAGAGCUUGCCAAGAAGGCAAAGAGGCCUCCCACUCCCAGCAGUGGCCCCGUGAGGAAAAGGUUCCGUUUCAAUUCGGAAUCAGAGCCCAGCUCUGCAGCCUCCAGUCCAGACUGCUUUGGCCCCCAAGCAAAGAAUGGGAUGGCGGCGGUAGAAGUCAGUCCAGCUGAGGGGGAGAGUCCAAAGCAAGCCUCAGAGAAAGCAGUUGAGGAGAGCAGUGAUGAGGAAGAACAGCAGAGGGGCCUGACUGCAAAGACUGGAUUAGAGAAGCUGGUGGCCAAGGAGAGCAGUGAGGAAGAGGAAGAGUGCUCGGCCAGAACAAGUGAGGUCUCAAAGGAAGAGAGCAGUGAGGAAGAUGAGGAAGAGGAGGAGGAGUCUAAAGGCAGGAUUAGGAAGGAACCUGUGACAAGGAAUAAGCAGGCACCAGGCAAAACCUCAGCCAGUAAGAAGCAGGCUAGGGAGGAGAGUGAGGACAGUGAAGAGGAACCUAUCCAGAGGACAAGAAAGAAGGCAGUGGGAAAGAAAGGAGCUAAAAGCCACCAGGAAAGUGAAAAGGACAGUGAGGAGGACACCCUAGCCAAAAAGAAAGACAACAGAGAGGAAGAGGAGGAGAAUUGGAAAGCUGGAGCCCGGGGCAAUGGAGGGAAAAAGUCAGCUUGGGAGGAGAGGAGCUGUAAGCAGAAAAGCAGGGCAGCAAGACUGCUGGGAGAGUCGGGGGACAGAGAGGAAGAAAAGGAAAAAGCAGGCAGUGGGGAUAAGAGCGGGGGAGACGAAGAGCCCCUGGUGCAGAGGAAGAGAAAGGACAGGACCCCAUGGAAGGGUGAGAAAAGGCAGAGUGGAAGCAGCGAGGAUGGGGAAGACAGCUGGAGAAAGGUGAAACCAACUACUGAAGGCACUGGAAAGACAGCCAAAGUGGGCAGUAUCAGUGGUGAGGCGAGCGACUCGGAGAGGGAGGUGAGUGACGGUGAGGCAGGGGGUAGCCCUAAGAGGGAGAAGGAGAACCACUCUUUCCAGAAGAGCUCCAGGAAAGGCAGGACGCGAAGCUCCUCCUCCUCAUCCACAGAUGGCAGUCCGGAACCUAAAGGCAGGAAGGCUGGCUCUGGUCGCCGCGGUGAGGACCACCCAGCUGUGAUGAGGCUAAAGCGUUACAUUCGGGCCUGUGGUGCCCAUCGCAACUACAAGAAGCUGCUGGGCCCCUGCCGCUCACACAAGGAGCGCCUCAGUGUCCUCCGGGCAGAGCUGGAAGCCCUGGGCAUGAAGGGUAACCCUUCCUUAGAGAAGUGCCGGGCCCUGAAGGAGCAGCGGGAGGAGGCGGCCGAGGUGGCCUCCUUGGACCUUACCAACAUCAUCAGUGGUUCAGGCCGGCCACGCAGACGCACAGCUUGGAACCCUUCAGGAGAAGCAGAUGCCCCAGGGGAGCUAUACCGCCGGACUUUGGGCUCAGAGGAUGAGCAGCCCCGUGCCCCACCCCCAGACUGGUCACAUAUGCGCGGCAUCAUCAGCAGUGAUGGAGAGAGUAACUGAGCUCCUCCCCUUUCCCAGGAGGCUUUCCACUUGGAGAAAGCAGAUCAGCACCCACAGCCCCCAUCCCAGUCGGUGCCUGCAGAGCUUCAGAAGCAGCUUUCUUCAGAGAAGACUUUGCACCCCCAGGGACACAAGUUGUUGGGAUCCUAUUUCUCAUGUUCUCAGUUGAAGGUGUUUACAGGGGUUUAUUGUUUAAGACUCAAUAAAGGACUUGUUUGAAUCACCUCAUCAAAACUGGUCCCCACUUGGGGCGCCUGGCUGGCUCAGAUGGAGGAGUACGUGACUCUUGAUCUUGGGGUCGCUGAGUUUGGGGCGAAGAGAUUACUUAAAUAAAACUUAAGAAAACGAAAACCGGCCCCACCCUCACUCCGUACUUUGAGCCAGGAAGGUGAGGAGUGUCCACUGUCCCCACCCAGUCUCGUUCCCUUUUAUUUCCCCCAGGUUCUCCAAAUGAAGUCCCAGCUCCAGACCCUACCAUCCAGUCUGCCACUGGUCUCUAUCAGAAGAGUGGGGCUCCUACCCUGCUUCCUCCAGCCCGACCAGCAGGGCCCUCACCAUCCUGCUUUUAAGCUGUGUUACAUGCCUAGCUGGGAGGAGGGUCUGAAUAACUGGCUUUAAGAAAAAUGUGAGAAACAUAAUGAAUUGACUUGGGGACAGCUGGUGUUUACGUCUUCCUUCUCCCCUUCUGGAAACAGCCACUUAGUCCCUGGGCCAAUUCUUUUCGCCUUGAAGGGGUAGGUACGGGGCAUAGACCUACCAAUCCGAGUACCUCAGGCCUCUGGCUACAGACGGAGCCAAUGACGUCACUUUAGGACUUUGCUGGCAUACUCGCUGUUGAGAUUGCUGCUAAGAUGUAGGCUUGGAGCUGCCAGGAGCCUGUGUGUGAAGUGAACCUUCUGAAAAUCUUUGAAGCCCAAAGCAAAGGGAGUAGAGGCCAAAAGACUGAUGAAUCCCUUUAAAGCUCUGGAUCUAGCCAUGCCCAAAGUCAUUAAAAUCACUGAAAUUUUUAGUUAACACAGCCCAAUAAAAUCCCUUUUUAAAUACAAGCCACACGAUCACCUCCGGCCAAACAGUCCUUAAUACACACCUUGGACAGAAAGGGUGAGUCCUGGGGUCUGUUAGAAUAACCAACAGUUUAUUAAAAGCUUGCUGUGGGGCUCUGUGCCAACCCCAUAGCUGGGAGGGGCUCCCAUGACUGCCCCCAGGCCUGGGAGCAGCCCCUUAGAAGGUCCUUCCCUUGUUCCCCUGCCCCAGCUCUGAUCUCAAUUAAAAAAAAAAAAAAAAAAAAAGAUAAA